AUGCGCGCGGCACAUUCAUCGAGUCGCGCGGCCCGACUCGUGUGGCUCCUGCUGCCAGAGCUGGCGAUCGGCCUCGCCGCACGUCCCAAGUUGACCAGCGCGCGGGAGGGCGGCAGCCUGGCACCGCCGCCGCGCGAGGCAUCGCCGCCCCCGUGCAGUGCCCGCGACGUGGUGGUGCGCGUCUUCGACAUUGGCACUCCAGGGCUGUGCAAGACGCUCUCGCUGAUCACGCAGAAGGAUGUGCUCUGGUUUCCAAAGAUGACCGUCUCGCUCGGCGGCCGCACGUGGUCGUACGACGGCGAGGUUGAGCGGACUGUCCCGCAGAUAGUCGAGAAUGCCGCAGGAGGUCCUCCGCUUCUCACUCUCAACCUGGGGCCGGCGGAGCUGAGCGACGGCGAGAUAGAUGCGCUUCUCGACGAGAUGGGCUCCACCGACUACACGCCCGCGGAGUACGACUUCUUUUACCGCAACUGCAACCAUUUUUGCACUGACCUUGCGGAUCGGCUCGUGCAGCGCGGCGGCGGGGGCGGCACACCCCUGCCGCGGGAGUUCAUCGAGGUGCGCCCUUGCGCUAGCCUCGUCUCGCCACAGCUCGCCCCUUACCACACCCUCACCGUGCCUCAGGAUGCCGUGCUAGCCGAGUCGGAGUCGCUCCUCGUCCGGAUGCCCGGAGCACAGCAGCAGCUCACGCGCUCGGUAACGAGACAGGUGCAGCGGGUCAUCGUCGCGGCGUGGAGGACGCAGUGGAAGCGCGCGCUCGCCGAAUACGAGGAGCAAGAAGAGGAGGCGCAGCGCCGUGAGGCGGCGGCAUGA